AUGCAACAACCUUCGGGUAUCAAGUUGAGACAGUUAUACCGCAUUCACUCCCAGCAGGUGACCCUUGAUCCUAGCGUGAAGCAGCAGGUCGACCGUCUGCGGUUAAUUCGAGACUGCGCUGAAGACGUUCUGGAUGCGGUUAUCGGCUGCAGCAUCGAUCCCCCCUUGGAGGAUGUAGCCACGGCUGUGAACUUGGCUUUCCCAGUCAUCCAAAUGCUUGCCUGCGAGGGCAUUCAUCACGCAAGGACUGUCGACAACGGCAUGCCGCCGGCAGCAAUGGCAGCUUGUCGCAACCUGGUGGUGGCGAGCCGCAAUGCUCUGGGGCGGCGAGUGCGGAAUGGGAAUCCGCCCCUGGAGCUCAGACAACGAGCUCGGUGCAAUCAAUUAGGGGUAGCGCCGAUGCCGGAGCUGUCUGCGUGGCUGAAUGAGCACGGCCGCCCAGACCGAGUGGCAUCUAUUAUGGCCAUGUCGGUUAGGCAGGAGGAGAGGAAGAGACUCCUGCUGGCCGAGGUCAAGUCGGUUUGCGUUCCAAAGCAUGGCAUGAGUGAGAUCUGGUGA